AUGAAACGUCCAAUACCCUGCUGCGCUACACUUGUCCUCCUCCUCUCUGUGUGCUGGGGUCAAAGGUCAAACCCGGACAAUGACAGGCCGUCCUGCAGUCGCUGCGACCUGCGCCUCGCCUGCAACUGCUCCCACGGUGGAUUCGCUCGUGUUCCUGUGGUAACGGACAGAGCUGUGAGUCUCGAUCUGUCCUUCAACGACAUCACAGUGGUGACUGAUGGGGACCUGACGGGCCACUCACGGCUUAAGGUUCUGGAUCUCAGUGAUAACAGAUUAGCUACAAUCCAUUCAUCGGCCUUUGACUCGCUGUGGAGCCUGGAGGAGCUGGAUCUCUCUGACAACCAGCUGACGGCGCUCAACCACACCUGGUUCAAGAAGCUGGGGGCUCUGCAGAUGGUCAACCUGCUCAACAACCCAUACAGCCACCUGGGUGCUCCUCCGUUAUUCCAAGGACUCAACGGGCUGAAGAGGCUGMUGUUUGGUGGUCCGUCUCUGAAGGAGCUGAGGAGAGCCGAUCUGAGCGGAGUCACUAAGCUGGAGGAGCUCACAGUGCACGCCAACAACCUGGAGAGGUAUGACUCCGGAACUUUAGGAGACAUUUGGCCACUGGGUUGUGUCACUUUAAGCCUCCACGGUCCGUUUUUAGCAAACCAGGCCUUGGCGUCAGYGGUGCUCAGUGACGUGUCGUACCCCGAGACUCCGAUGACCCUGAAGGACCUCCAYCUGAUCGGGAACGAGACCGUUCAACCCUUCAGAGCCGCCGCCAACAAGAGAAUAAGGUCGCUUUCCUUCCAGAACUUUUACAUUUCUGACGAGUCUGUUAUAGACUUCCUGGUGGCAACGAACGGUGUGCCGCUGUCCAGAAUUCACGCAGAAGAUAUCACACUGACCGGUGAAGGCAGGUGGGAAAAAGCAAGAUGGACUGAUCACAAAAGCAUCGACGAGUUUUUUCUACGAAACGUGGUGCUGCUGGAUGUCUUCAAGUUCACCUCGUUUCUACCGCUGAGUUUUCUGCUGCAUUACCCAAGGAAGYUGUCAAUCAUAAAUGCCAUGGUGUACGUGAUGCCCUGCGCAACGUCUCAUCUGCUGGUGAACCUGCAGUACUUGGACUUUUCAGACAAUCUGCUGACCGACCUGACUCUGGCAGAAUCGCUCUGUGAACAAAACCAAACAUUAAAGGAUCUCAGAGUUUUGAACAUCAGUGGAAACCAUCUGAAGUCUUUGUCCAUGAUGAGCCAACUGGUGUCAACACUCACCAAACUCACCCACCUGGACAUCAGCAGGACCAGCUACAGCUCUAUGCCAUCCAGUUGCCCCUGGCCGACGACCCUCAGACAUCUCAACAUCUCCAGGGCCAAGCUUACCGCCAUCACUUCCUGUCUACAAACGUCCCUCGAGGUUUUGGAUCUGAGCUUUAAUGACCUUAAAGGUUUCAACAUUUUCCURCCAGUCUUAAAAGAGCUCCACCUUUCUGGGAACAAGUUCCUGAGGUUACCAGCCGGGCAGCUUUUACCCAGUCUUCAAAUCCUGACAAUACAGUCAAACACCCUGAACUGGUUCGGUCAUUCAGACCUCCAGUCCUUCAAACGACUUGAGAACCUCCAGGCGGGCGAGAACAAGUUCAUCUGCUCUUGUGAUUUUGUCAGCUUCCUCCAGUCCCAGUUUGAAGGCGGCGGAGACGUGAAGUUAACGGACAGAGAGGACAGCUAUGUCUGCGACUCUCCCCUCUACCUGCAGGGAGACGCAGUGAGACGAGUCCACCUCUCUGCCRUUGUGUGCCACCAGGUUUUGUUCGUCUCUGUGAGCUGUGGGCUUGCUCUGUUAGUGGGGAUACUGGUGUCUGUGGUGCUUUGGCGCCUCCACGCCUUCUGGUACCUGAAGAUGAUCUGGGCAUGGCUCAAGGCCAAGAGAAGUUCCCAGAGACGAAGCAAACGUGCCGAGGAGUCAGAAUCGUUACUCUCCUUCGAUGCCUUUGUUUCCUACAGUGAAAGAGAUGCCAGCUGGGUGGAAAACUUUCUGGUACCUGAGCUGGAAGAGCCAAGGGAKGAUGAUGGGAGUCCUGGAACCACCCGUCCAUUGACCCUGUGCCUCCACAAAMGGGACUUCCUUCCUGGACAGUGGAUCAUGGACAACAUCAUGAACGCCAUCGAGCGCAGCCGACGGACCGUCUUCAUCCUCUCUGAGAACUUUGUCCARUCUGACUGGUGCCGCUACGAGCUGGACUUCUCCCACUUCUGGCUCUUUGACGCCGGCGGGGACGCGGCCAUCUUGAUCCUGCUGGAGCCUCUGUCCAUGGACGCUGUCCCCCGACGCUUCUGCAAGUUGAGAAAACUCAUGAGCUCCACCACCUACCUGGAGUGGCCUCAGGAGGAGGAGAGGAGGCCGGAGUUCUGGAGGAGCCUGCGUGUUGCUCUGAGAGGAGACAACUGAAAAUGAGCCAAAUAAAUGAGCCAUGAAAAGAAUAAAGAGAAAGAUGWGGGACAGAGACUAAAGUAAUAUGGAACCAUAUCUUGUAAGGUAACUCGUUUCUCUAAAAAUGGCAGUAAAUUAAUUUUUAUAAAGCAUUGCAGUACAAGGUCAUAAUCUUUUUUUGUAAUGUGGUAAAAUGGCCACUUAGUGGAGCUGUUUGUCAGAAUCUGAUCUCAGAGGAAGAAGAGGAAUGACUGAAGGCUUUUCUGAGACCAGGGUGGUCACCAGUGCUUUAAAUCUGUUUUACUUGUUUCAACCUAAAAUCAUUUAUUGUGCAGUUAUUCUUUUGUUUCCCUGUCUAUAGUUUCUACAACUAAAUACCACUCAUAUAUCAAAACUUUUGGCUUGAUCAGGAGCAGUGUGCUAUAACGUUUGGUUUUUGCAACAUUUAAAAAUUUCACAUUUAAAUAAACUGAGAUCUCUCAGGUUCUUUCAAAAGCUUUUGACAUUUGCUUCAG